CUGGUGCUCAUCGAUUUUGACUUGACCAUUACCACUAAGGAUACGACUAGUAUUCUCGGAGAAGCCGCUCUCCGAAUGACCGGCAAUCCAACAUCUUGGUCUUUUUUCACAGAUGCUUAUAUGGACGAUUAUCGUAAACAUCGAGGAUCGCUUCCACCUUCAAACGAUACUUCUAUAGAGGCGGUGGCUCGUCGUCUCGAUUCUUAUCGUCAUGUCGAGGCCGCCUCCGUUACUCGCAUUAGUGAACAUCAAGUAUUCCGUGGUUUGACAAAAGAACAGUUACGAUCCGCGGGUAUAGCCCACCAACAUUUGCUGCGUCCAGGUGUACUGGAAGCUUUGCAAUUAAUCCCCCAUCUAAAGAUUGUAUCCCUGAAUUGGUCCAAAGACUGGAUUCUCGGUAUGCUUGACCCGUUGCCACUCCAACGAGACCAAAUUCACUGCAAUGACCUUGAAUUCCAACACGAACUAGCAACGGGACUUGUUGUACAACGCGUACUGACAACCAUGGAUAAGAAGAAGGAAGUACAGGCGAUCAAGGACGCAUUAUCAUCUUCCCCAAAAAAGGUUAUUUACAUUGGUGAUUCCCUUGGCGAUCUGUUGCCCUUGGUUGAAGCUGAUAUCGGCAUCGUCAUCGGGAACAACGAAACCCUUUUAUCCACCCUC